AUGCUUUCCGAAUCCUUCGUCGCGUCAACGCUGUCAUCUGCAAAAACGCCGACCGCCACGCUACGUGAUGUCGGCAUUUGCCUGCAGGAAUUCCAGCCUUCCCCUCAGCUGCGAUCGACUUUCAAGAAGAGCUCCACCACCACCAAUUGUCUGGCUGUAACCCCGUCGCAUAUCUUCUCCGCUCAGGCAGAUAAGGCUGUGGUCCACGUAUACAGCCGGGAAAAAGGGAACCAGGAGGCUUUAGUGCCCUUUCCGGAGCGAAUUCGCAGCAUUGCGGUUGCCGGCGCAAAGUAUGGAGACGUGCUGGUACUUGGAACGGAAGGCGGUCGAUUGAUCCUGUGGGAGACAUGUACCGGACGUCAAGUCGCUACCACAGCCUCUCAUCUCCAGCCUGUCACCUCUAUCGUUGUCGACCCCACCUCAAAUUUCAUUCUCUCCGGAGCUAACGACGCCAGCAUACACGUCUGGUCUAUUCCGAGCAUUCUCUCCUUCUCCAAGCCCGCCCGAGGCCGGGACCGUCAGCCCCCUUACGCACCUAUCCGCACCUUCUCUAACCACCGCGCGGCCAUUACCUCGAUUGCCGUUGGACACAGCGCUGGCCGUCAUAAUAUCGCCGUGUCGACUGCGAAAGAUAACACCGCAAUUGCAUGGGAUUACCAGACUGGACGAGUCCUACGAACGUACCUUCUUCCGUUCUCUGCGACGUGCGUUGCCCUGGAUCCGGUCGAUCGGGCGUUCUACGUGGGCUAUGAGGAUGGAAGCGCACAAUCGGUAGAUUUCUACCGCAGCAACUCGACACAACAUCCUCUCCAUGACCCGUCUUUACAGUCUACACCAGCGCAGGUGUCAACCGAAGACCGAUGGCUCCCUCCUGCUGCGGACUCGGGUGCCGUCAAGGCCCUCGCCCUCUCCUACGAUGGAACCACACUAUUGUCUGCCCACGAGAGUGGGAAAGUCUUGUCAUGGAAUAUCGCACGUCGGAAAUUCACAGCCUCCAUCGCCGAUUACACGCAUCCAGUCACGAAUCUGAUCAUGUUGCCGCCAACUGGCCUGUCACCGGAAUCCCAGGACCUCAAGCGGACGAUACAUACAAUCGUGAAACCACGCCUUGACAAUGCCUUUGCCGAUCCCGCGCAUGCGCCUGGCGCUGUCCCAGCCGAAUAUGCAUUCAACACACACAUCCUCGCAUCAUCUACACAAUCCAGAUCCCGCAAGCCCUCCCAAUUCUCCCAAGCGCUCACCCAUGCAUUCUUCCCCGACUCUAUGAUCGAAGAAGGCCUUGCCGAACUAGCCGCAUUGCGUCAACCAGGUGGAAGCGAUGUCAUCCGCGUUGCGCCCGCAGCUUCCACCCUUGCAGAUACCUCCGGCCAUGCGACCACGCAAGUGGACACCCACGUUGCAGACCUCGAAGCUGAAAAUUCCAUGCUGAAGAAAAAGGUCGCAUUGAACGAUACGGCCCGCCAUGCAAACGCCAGCGAGGUUUCGCAGUUGCGCUCGGACCUUGCCCAACUGCAGGAUUACAUCAAUGAGCUGCAUGAGAAGCAGGAGGUAGCUCAGCAGGACAAGGUACAGCGUCAAGCAAGGAAGGAAGAGCGCGAAGCUAAGCGACGUGAAGCUUGGCUUGCUGCGGAGAAGAAGGGUCGUAAUGGGGAUGCUGUUAUGAAAAAGAUGGAGAUUGAUGAUGACAUGCUGACUAGUGAGUCGGAUGACCAGAGUGAUGAGUAA